AUGGUUGCACAUGAACACCCAACAGGGUAUUCUUCAGAGCCGCAAAUGAUGAAGGAGAUGAGCGUAGGAGAAGAAGCGAGCAGCACCAAACAAGCGUUGUUGGAGAAGCGCUGCAACGCGUUUAUUGACUCGUUGAAGGACUUCCCACGGUUACUGGAGUAUGAGAAUAUCAUGAGAGAGUUCAAAAGAGAAAUCAACAUUCCAAGUUUGGCGGGGAAGAUUGAGCAAUUGUUCGAAGGGCACCCGGAGUUAUUAGCAGAGUUCAAUCACUUCUUACCAGAGAAGUAUCGAGUUACACCUACGCUACAACCUAGGGUAGUUUGUCGACAGAGGAAGCGCAGGGACGAUAGUGCUAGUGAUAGUGAUGUUCGUCAAAAGUGGAAGCGCAGGGAUGAUAUUGCUACUGAUAGUGAUGGCGGUGUUGAUGCUAGAGCUAAGGAUUCUGAAUUUCGAAUAGUUCUAAGGUGUGGGAAACAGACUCGGGCCAAGUUUCGCGACGAAGAUAAGAAAAGUGAUGAUGGUCACCAAAAAGCUCCAACUCUGUCACCAACUACAGAUCCUUCGGACAAGGCGGAGUCUGAUGAUGAUAGUGAUGAAGCUGAAUCUACAGAGUAUAAACUUGAAAAGGUUAUUGCUUUUGUGAACAAGGUAUCGGACAGGUUUCACAACAACAGUGAUGUUGUAAAGUUAUUCUUGGACAUGGUCGGCAGUAGGAAGGAACCUAGCGAUGGUUAUGAGCAAGAGCUUGAGCUUUACAAGAAGAUUGCAACACUUCUGGAAGGUGAGCAGGACUUGAUUGAUGAGUUCACCCAAUUUUUAACCAGAGUGCCUAGAAUGGACGAGAUCGUCGACUUCCCUAUGCUCGAGCUUUGUACUCCAAGCUACCGUCUUUUGCCAAAGACUUUCCCCAUUCCAGCUGCUACCGGAAGAUCGAAACUCGCUUCUGAAGUACUGAAUGAUCGUUAUAUAUGCAUAGACACCAGCUCUAGUACUUCUUCAUCUACUUCAGGAGGAGGAGGGCGACGCGUAAACCGGAAAUCGCAGCAUGAGGUAGACCUAUUACACUGGGAAGAUGAAUGUAUGAACUUCGUAUGUCGGAAAAGCAAGUGA